UAGGAGAGAGAUUGGUUGAGACUUGAGCUGGUUCUCUUGUAUGAUCAGAAAGAACGCGAACGCUGAAAAUUCAGAAGAGCUGAAACAAGUCCUUGAUCUUACAAAAUUAAGAGAGAAGAGACUGGUUGAGGUUUGUCUGUCUGUCUGAGAAAGAGGAACGUCGCUGGACACUCAGAAGAGCUAAAAGAAGUAGUCGUUGAUCUUCCAAAAUUAAGAGAGGCAGAUUUCGUCCCCUUCUCUCAAUAUUGCUUGCAACUUGUUGUUUUGCAUCUCAAGCAACAUUUGUGUUCACAAAAGAGCAGGAAAAAAAAUUACAAAAACAGAAAAAUUACUUCUGGAAAAAUGGAAAUUAUUUUUUCAAUUGUUGGAAAAAUAGGAGAAUACUCAGUUGGUCCAAUCGGAGAACAAUUUGGCUAUCUUAUUUCCUACAAGAGCAAGAUCAUGAUUCUUGAAGAGAAAUUUUCAAAACUAUGUCAGAAGAAGGAGGCGGUGCAACAAUCUGUUGAUGGAGCCCGAUGGAAUCAACAAGUAGUCGCAAGUGAAGUUAAGACGUGGCUGACAAAUGUGGAGAAAAAAAUUGAAGAAGCGAAUAAAUUCCUUGAAGAAGAUGUCAAAACUAAUAGGAUGUGCUUGAAUGGUUGGUGUCCUGAUCUGAAGCUUCACUAUUCCUUGGGCAAGAAAGCUCAGAAGAAUACUCGAGCGAUCGUUGAGUUGCUAGAAGAAGGUGGAGAAUAUGAUAGGGUGUUCAAUAUUGCACCUCCAUUGAAAGUGAGAUCAUCAUCCACAGAACGGUUUAAGGAUUUUGAAUCCCGAAAAUCAAUAAUUCGAAAUGUUUUGGGGGCUCUAAGGGAUGAAAAAAUCGACAUGAUUGCAAUAUGUGGUAUGGGAGGGAUUGGCAAGACAGAAAUGGCAAAAGAAAUAGUUGGAAGAGUCAAAGCUGAUGGUUUAUUCCAUGAAGUUGCCAUUGCAGUGGUGUCUCAAAGUCCAAACUUGACAAAGAUUCAAGGUGAACUUGCGGAAAUGCUAGGCGCUAGACUUAAUGCAGAGAGUUUACAUGGAAGAGCAAAUGAAUUAUAUACGAGAUUGACGAAUAGUAAGAAUGUCCUUGUGAUAUUGGAUGAUGUUUGGGAACCACUUUAUUUUAAGGAUCUUGAGGCCAUUGGUGUUUACGAUGCAAUAAAAGAAAAGAGCUGCAAAAUCCUGCUAACAUCAAGAAUGGAAGAAACUUGCAAUCAAAUGAGAAUUCAAUCGAUCUUUCCAGUUGGACUUUUAUCUGAAGAAGAAGCUUGGAAUCUUUUCAACGAGAUGGCAGGUGAUUGUCUCAAUACUCCAAAUCUAAUCUCAAUAGCAGAACAAGUUGCAAAGGAAUGUGACCGUUUGCCCAUUGCUAUUGUGAUGGUUGGAAGUGCUCUUAGCAACAAAUACGAUGAGUAUGAGUGGAAAACCGCGCUUCAGCAACUUCAAAUGUGUAUCCCACAAUAUAUCUCUGGUCUGCAUCCAAAGGUAUAUUCCAGCAUAGAGUUCAGUUACAAUUACUUAGGAAGUGAUGAAGCCAAAUAUUGUUUUUUGUUAUGUUGUUUGUAUCCCGAUGAUUAUGAUAUUCCUGUUGAACAUUUAGUUAGAUAUGGAGUUGCAAAAAGGUUUCUUAAAGUCUUUGGUACUGUGGAACAAACAAGAGCACAUGUCAACGCAAUAGUUCGGAAUCUUCGAAGAUCAAAUCUCUUGUUGGAUAGCGACAAGGACGAAUGUGUCAAAAUGCAUGAUGUUGUACGAGAUGUGGCAAUAUAUAUUGCAUCCAGAGACGAACACGGUUUUAUGGUAGAGUUGAAUAGAAGACAUGAAGAAUGGCCACAGAAGGAUACAUAUGAUAGUUACACUACAAUUUCUCUUUUACUUGGAGAAAUGAAAGGUCAUUCUGAUGGGUUGAAGUGUCCCAAGCUUCAGCUUUUGCUACUAUCAUGUUUAAAUGAUUCAAAAACGUUCCCAGACCAUUUAUUUAAUGGGAUGGAUGAGCUAAAGAUAUUGUCUUUGCAAGAAGGCUGCUUCUCCUUGACGUCAUUGCCACCAUCAAUCCAAAUCCUUGAGAACCUUCGCAUGUUGAAUCUGGAGAGUUGUCACUUAAAAGAUGUGUCGGCAAUUGGAACCCUUGAAAAAUUAGAAAUUCUUAGUUUUAGAGAUUCCAAGAUCGAGGAGUUGCCGCGUGAAAUAGGAAAUCUUGGUCAAUUGAAGUUGUUGGAUAUGAAGGGAUGCAUUUCUCUAAAGCGAAUUGCAGCUAGUGUCUUAUCCCGUUUAUCUCGACUACAAGAGUUGUACAUGGGAGAAUUUGAGAAUUGGGAAUGUACAACUACGAUGGAAGGAAAUGAAGAAGGAACAAAUAAUAAUGCAAACCUUGCUGAGCUAAUUCCUUAUUUUGAUAAAAUGACGGUUUUAGAAAUCAACGUACUAAGUAUUAGGUACUUGCCAAAAGAAUUGCACUUCAGUAACUCCAACUUGAAAUUUAGAAUAAACAUUACAGAUGAGAGAUAUUUAUUUGAAAAUGAAAUCAGACUCGACGAACGGGAGGAUGCAAGUGAUCUUGGGAAAGUACUUUUGGAGAGUAGAAGUGUUUUUGGCAACCUAAAACAUUGUGCAAUAGGUAAGUGCCAGCGUUCGAAAAAUAUAUUUUGGUUGGCCAUGGUGAGAGAUUUGGUUCAACUCAAAUCGUUAGACAUUUCUGAAUGUGAAAAUAUAGAAGAAAUUUUUUCGAAGGAAGGAGAAGAUAGUGAUGUCAUUACAUUGCCGAAGUUGGAGAAAAUGCAUCUAUAUUCCUUACCAAGGCUCAUUGGUAUAUGUAAAUCUAUGGACUCAGUUGAGGUUGAAGGAGGAGGCAGCACUUCAUCAACAACCCUCUCUCAUAAACUAUUUUCAUCCAACACCAUUUUGUGGUUUCCCAAUUUGGUAGAGCUUUAUGUAAACAAGUGUGAAUUACUAGAAGUGGUAUUUAAUUUGGAAGGACUAAAGGUCAUAGAGAAGAACCAAUUACAAAGCCUAGAGUUACGGAAGUUAUCUCGGAUGGCACAUGUGUGGAAGAAUGUUCCACGAGGAUUUCAAGGCUUUCAAAAUUUAAUAUCAAUUAAAAUCGAGGCAUGUCCCAAGUUGCGAAAUUUGCUCUAUGCUUCUGUUGCCAAACUACUGGUGAAACUCCAAACCUUAGAAGUAAAUAAUUGCGAAAUGAUGGAAAACGUUAUUCAAAGAGAGGACGAAGCUGGAAAAGAAUUGGGAGAAGAUAUCACUACGAGUUUUAGUAGCAAAGCCCAUUCUUUUGAGUGGCCAUCCAUAAAGAACAUCGAAUUGUGGCAUUGUCCCAAACUAAAAACAUUUUAUUCAGAAAUUGAAAGCAGAAGAAAGUUAAAGAAAAUUGAUGUACCAGAGCCAAGUGUUGGCUCCUCCUCAAUACGAUCGAGAGAUUCAGUUGGACUUUUCAACCGUUGCCUAGAGUCUUCAUGUGUACCAGGUCGCAGCGCCAAGAGAUCCCAAAGAAAUAACAGCUCCUCUUUAGAAAGGAAUAAACACGACAUUAAAAAAGAGGUUACAUUGACAAAGCAAGAAGAGGAGCCAAAUGUGAGUAGUGAGACUGAAAAUCAAACAAAGAUGUGUUCUCUAUUUCCUUACUACUUGAUUCAAAGUUUGGAAAAUCUAGAAAUACUUUAUGCAUUUAGUUGUGAUUCAUUGGAAGUGAUAUUUGAACUUGAGGGACUAAAUGUUGAAGAAAGCAAUUAUAUCUUCAAUAACUUGACAGAGUUGAUAUUAUUUUCUUUACCGAAGCUGUUGCAUAUAUGGAAGAAAGGUCCACGAGAUAUCAAGGGCUUCAAUAACUUGAGAUUCCUAGAAGUAUGGGGAUGUGAUAGUUUGAAAUAUUUGUUCACACCAUCCAUAGCAAAACUUCUUGUGAAAUUAGAAGAAAUACAUGUUGGACAUUGCCUUGAAAUGGAAGAAAUCAUUGGAAAAGAAUCAGGAGACGAAGAGAAAAGAGAUCAUGUGAUUGCAUUCCCUCAAGUGAAGUCCCUCUGUAGUGAAGCCCAUUCUUUUGAUUGGCCAUCCAUAAAGAAGAUCAAUUUGUAUGAUAGUAUAAAAUUAAAAACAUUUGGUGCGGAAUUGAUUACAAGAGCCCCACAAGAGCCUAGUGCUGGCUCCUCCUCAACCUCAGCAAGAGAAUCUUCUAGACUUUUCAACCGAUGCUUAGAGUUGUCUUGUAUACCACGUUGCAAGAAUUAUAAUCCAGACCAAGGAAAUUGCAACUCCUCUUCAGGAGAGAACAAACACAACUUUAACAAAUAUCAGGUUACAUUGACAAAUCAAGAUGAGCCAAAUGUGAGUAGUGAGACUGAAAAUCAAACAAAGAUGUGUUCUCUAUUUCCUUACUACUUGAUUCAAAGUUUGAAAAAUCUAGAAAUACUUGAGGCAAAAUAUUGUUAUUCAUUGGAAGUGAUAUUUGAACUUGAGGGACUAAAUGUUGAAGAAAGCAAUUAUAUCUUCAAUAACUUGACAGUGUUGGGAUUACAAGAUUUACCGAAGCUGUUGCAUAUAUGGAAGAAAGGUCCACGAGAUAUCAAGGGCUUCAAUAACUUGAGAUUGCUAAAAGUAGAGAAUUGUUUUAGUUUGAAAUGUUUAUUCACACCAUCCAUAGCAAAACUUCUUGUGAAAUUAGAAGAAAUAGAUGUUGGUGGUUGCCAUGAAAUGGAAGAAAUCAUUGGAAAAGAAUCAGGAGACGAAGAGAAAAGAGAUCAUGUGAUUGCAUUCCCUCAAGUGAAGUACCUCAAGCUCCAGAAUUUACCAAAAUUAGAAUGUUUUUGCAAUGAGGUGAUUUCUUUUGAGUGGCCGUCUCUGGAAAACAUGACAGUUGACGAAGGCAUAAAAAUGUUUGUAUCAACAAGUAUGAAAACACCUAAGCUAAAGGGAGUGCAUAUAAAGUACUACGUUGGAAGUAAUUUUCCAACAAAGUUUCAACCAAUGAUAGGAGGAAAUCUCAAUACCACCAUACAACACAUUAUCAAAGGAAAGGUGAAUUUUCCGGAGAUCUCGCAGAGCUCGACAUCCCCAUAGCAGUUGGUUGUCUUGCAGCUUUGGAGUUUCUGGAGCUGCUGAAAAUUGCGUCUCCCGUGAGUUUCGUUGAUAUCAAUAAAUCGAUUCCCAGAUGCAAAAUUGCGUCUCUCGUACAAUCACAAUUCAGAACCUCAUUUUCAUUCCUCUCUCAGAAGAAAAGCUGAGAUCCUCAUUUCAUUCUCGUUCCUCUCUCUCAGAAAAGCUUAGAUCCUCAUUUUCUAUUUCCUCCAUCCUCUCUCUCGUUCCUCUGCCCCGCUUGGUGAGUUUCGGCCUUAGAUCAGCCCGUCCUGAAGCAAUUUUGAUAAUUGGCAUAGACUCAUAUUCAUCAUCUUGAUAGGCAUGUACGCAUUCAAAUGGUUCAUCACCUUGAUAAGGGACAAAAUUUCUGUUUGACUUAUGGAGCCUGUUGGUCCCCAUUUCCAGAUUUUUUUGGUUGCCAAUAGUGGUGCUUGCUGGCAGUUUAGAAUUUGUCUUGCAUGGGAUCAGACCCGCAUGGAGCAAUGGGAGGGAAAUGUGGACUCUGCCCAGUUUGCCGCAAGGUUUUUCAUUCCAAGGAUAUUAAGCAUGUGCUUGGUUUGGUUGGCUCUCAUCCUUCUCAAUUGUUUAAAUCUAGAGCAAUACAACUGCAUGGCAAAAUCGAUUGAGAAAGAUGAUUGAGAAAGAUGAUGGUUUUACGGCUA